AUGGCGUACGCAUACGCCCCUGCCGACAGCACAAAUGCCCUUCAGCCAGAGGUACAUUCCCCCGGCGAAGCGACCCCUCGCAGUGACCCGUACUACAAUGAAUCCCGGGGCUUCAUCUCGUCCUCGCGUGGGGGCAAGAAGAAGCACAACUACUUGCGAUGGUUUAUUAUCGCUGUUCCUAUCCUCAUUGCUAUAAUUCUUGCUGCCGUCCUCGGCGGCGUCCUGGGCAGCCGGGCCCACCACCAUACCUCGGCAUCAUCAUCCAGAGUGGCACAGGCCUCGGCCUCGUCCAGCGAGAGCGCCGUCGCCGCUGCAAGCUCCGCUGCUAGUGUCAAGGAGGCCAUUGGCGUCUUCGCCACGGGCACGGACAGCGUGUAUAUGCUACCCCUGUACCCUUCUACGACCAAUACAGCUGCCUUCACUAAACCCACCUUCCAGGCGGAAGCGUCUGGUGUCAGUUGGCCCACCGACCCAUGGCAACCGUCCAACCCCUCGCCGACCGAGGUACGCCCCAACCGCCCCCGAAUCAUCGCGCCGCAAUACAAGUGGGAUGCACUGCCGAAUCUCAUCAAGAACGAGCCGUACCUCAAGCUCUACAACGACACCAUCUUCGGCAAUGCGACGGAAUACUACAACCAGGAUGUCGUCGCGUAUUUCCUGGAUAGCGGUAACGGUAUCCUCGAUAUCGCGCGUCAGAUCAAGAUGAGGAUCAAGGCAUUCUCGUAUGCGUACCGCAUGACAAAUGACACGAAGUGGUCCGACAGGGCGUUCCAGGAGCUUCAGAAUGCUGCUGGAAACGGAACGAACAGCUUUGGUCCUGAUGAUGCGACUCGUUGGAACCCAACUCAUUUCCUUGACACUGCGGAAAUGACAGCUGCGUUCGCCAUCGCGUACGACUGGAUGUACGAUGCAUGGUCGGAUACUGAGAAAUCGCAGAUUCUCUGGACCAUGGUGGAGUAUGGCCUCAACAACGGUGUUUUCGCUUACACGAACAGCAACGAUGGAUACUACGGAUGGUGGACUAAUAACACACAGGGCAACUGGAACUGUGUUUGCAAUGGCGGUCUUACGAUGGGCGCGCUAGCCAUCCUUGGCGAUGAUACGUCUGGCCUAGCGGAGCAGAUACUCGGCUACACCAUCCCUAAUGCCAUUUUGAAUUGCGCAGAGGCGGUUACAUCAGACGGGACAUGGCAGGAGACGCCCAACUACUGGUACUUCGGGGUCACCGGUCAUGCCGAGAUGAUUUCUUCGCUGGUGACGGCCACUGGGUCUGACUAUGACCUGCUGUCCACCAACCCUGGGUUUGAAUAUACCGGUCUCUUCCACAUGCAUGUCACUGGCCCGGGCUCCAUGUUCGAAUGGGGCGACAACGGUGUCAACUUGUACUCGACCACCGCCAACCCGAUGUUCUUCUAUGCCGAGCAGUACAACCACCCCGAGUACAUGCUGUUCCAACGUGACCAGCAUGAUGCACCUUCCGACCCGUGGAGCAUGUUCUGGUACAACCCGUCAGUUUCGGGCGCGUUCUGGGAUGGAUUAAACCUCGACGGCUUCUUCGACAACCACACGGACCAGUGGGGUUCGAUGCGCACGAGUUGGACGGACGAGGACGCGUUAUUUAUUGCGAUGAAAGCGGGGAUGCUGCAAGGACAUCAGACUCACAAUGAUCUCGACUGCGGUGAUUUUGUGCUGGACGCCCUCGGCACGCGGUGGGCGGGAGAGCUGGGAGAUGAGAACUACCUUGACACCGGCUACUUCAGCAAUGAUACGCAGGAAAGUGAUCGGUGGCUGUACUAUCGCAAGCGGACGGAAGGUCAGAACACCAUCCUGGUCAACUACGCGAACCAGCUUGUCACGGCUACGCCUACGAUCAGAUAUGGCACGGACAACACCACGCAGGGAUCGAGCACUGUUUUCUCUGUACCUGACAAUUCGACUGCCUUUUUCACUGCGGACCUGGCGAGUGCCUACGAAAACGUGACCUCGUUCCAGCGCGGUAUCCGCAUGAUCAACAGCCGGAAGCAGGUGCUGCUUCAGGACGAUAUCACCGCAGAUGCACCGAUCCAGUGGCGCAUGCACACGAACGCGACCGUGACCGUGAACAGCGAAGGCAACGGCGCGACACUGCAGAUCGGAAACGAAAAGCUUGAGCUCACGGUGCUCUCGCCGUCGAGCGGGUACAAAAUCACGACGGAGACACCGGCGGCGCGGUUAUCGACGGACCCGCCCCUGCCUUCGGGCCAGACGGACCUGCCGAACACGGGGGUGACGGUGAUCAUGAUCAGCCUGGACGCAGGCACAUAUAGCCUCCAGGUAUUGUUCAACCCGCAGUGGUCCGACAUGUCGUCGAGCGAGUUUGUAACACCGCCUUCUGUCUCCGUCAGUGACUGGACGCUGACGAGCCACAACUAA